AUGGCAGGUUAUAAAGAAAAGAGCCCAGACCAUCUCAGGAUGGUGCUGAUUGGGAAGACUGGUUGUGGAAAGAGUGCCACUGGAAACACUAUAUUGAACAAGGAUUGCUUUAAUUCUAAAGCCAGCACAAGGUCGGUCACCAAACUUUGCAAAAAAAAAGAGGGAGAGAUUAAUGGGAGGCCUGUCACUGUGGUUGACACUCCUGGCUUGUUCGACACAGCUCUGUCCAAUGAUGAAGUUCAACAGGAGCUUGUGAAGUGCAUCAGCAUGUUGGCUCCAGGACCUCAUGUGUUUUUACUGGUGCUGCAGAUUGGCCGCUUUACACAGGAAGAAAAAGUUACUGUGGAACUGAUCAAAAUGUUUUUUGGUAAGAAAUCAGAAGACUUCAUCAUUGUUCUAUUCACACGGGGAGAUGAACUUAAAAACCAAACCAUUGAGAGUUACAUAGAGGAAGACAGUGAAGACUUCAUCAAAAAACUGAUAACUGAAUGUGGAGGAAGAUACCAUGUCUUCAACAACAACGAUCUGAAGAAUCGUUCUCAAGUCAGCCAGCUGCUGGCCAAGGUUGAGUCAAUGGUAAGUAAAAACGGUGGUGGCUACUACACCUCAGAGAUGUUCAGAGAUGCAGAGGAUCAAAACAGAAGAGAACAGGAGGAAAAAGAAUGGAGAGAAUUACAAGAACAGUUUCAGAAGAAAUUGGAGGACAUGAAGAAGAAAAAUGAAGACGAGACCAGAAAAGCCAGUCUGAGAUAG